AUGGCGGCUUCACUUCUUUUUCUCGUUCUUCUUCCUCUAGCUCCGGCGCUUGUCUCAUCGGCAGCGUAUGCCAAAGAGGUCCGUUCAGUCAUCAGACAGUCUGCCAGGGAUUACAUGGAACAGAAGGCGCGGCAGGGAGUAACAAACCUCUCCGGCCAGCGCAAAGACGGCCAGCAGAUGGGCCACGCGGCGGCAGACGGCUCUGGCGCCUUAGUCUUCGACAUCUCCGUCGGGACCUUCCUGCAGACGGUCUCCCUCAUCAUGGACAUCACCGGCGAGCUCGUCUGGGCGCAGUGCGAUCACUGCCCCUCGUGCGUCAGGUACACGCCGCCGGGCACGCCCACCUUCCUGCCCAAGAUCUCCGACUCCUUCCGCGAGAUAGGCUGCGCCUCCCAGACAUGCCAGCGUGCGAUCCCCGGCGACCACCACUGCGCCGGAGACCGCGACCCCUGCACGUACAUAGACACGUUCAUCGGCGGCGGCAACACGUCCGGCUUCCUCGCCACCGACACGUUCAGCUUCGGGACCACGCCCGUCCCAGGCGUGGUGUUCGGCUGCAGCGGCGACAUCAUGGUGGAUGGCCUCGCCGGCGCCUCUGGCUUCGCCGGCUUCAGCAGAGGGGGCCUAUCGCUCGUGUCGCAGCUCAACAUGUCCCGGUUCACCUACUUCAUCGCGCCUCUGAAUGACGCUGCUGGCAAGAGCUUCGUCAGCUGGAGCUCGGGGGACGCCGACAACCUCGACAUCAUCGCGCUGCAGGCGAUGAUGAGAGGCAGAAGCAGCAGCACGCCGCUGCUAGCGGCCACAGAGAAGCAGGACCCUGACUUGUACUACGUCAAGCUCACCGGAGUUCAGCUCGACGGCAAGCUCCUGACCGCCAUCCCGGCGGGGACCUUCGACGUCCGGUCGGAUGGCUCCGGCGGGGCGAUCCUCAGCACCACACUGCCUGUCACAUAUCUCGAGGAAGCAGCGUACAGGGUAUUGAGGCGGGAGCUCGUGAGCAGAGUGCAGUCGGAGGGCGUGAACGCCACCGGCGACGUCAACCAGCUAUGCUUCCUCGCGCACGAGCUUGCCAAAGCCAAGGUCCCCGUGCUCUCGUUGGUGUUCGACGGGGCCGACAGGGCGAUGGAGUUCAGGUUCGAGAACUACUUUUUCGACGUCAGUGACGGGCUGACCUGCCUCACCAUACUGCCGUCGACCGGCGGGACGGUCCUGGGUAGCCUGCUGCAGGCGGGCAGGACCAUGACCUACGACAUCCACGGCGGGCAGCUGACGUUCCAGACGGCGGCGGCAAGUGCUCUGGCGCCGGAGCGGGUGGCACUCGUGGUAAUGGUCACUCUUCUGGCGUGGGUGCUCGCCCCGCAAAGUCUCGUCUGA